AUGACCAACACUGCUGCUCCUGCCGUUAACCCAAAGGCUUUCCCUCUUGCAAAUGCUCAGCUUGCCAACAAGAUCAUUGAUCUUGUACAACAGGCAAGUCACUACAAACAGCUCAAAAAGGGUGCCAACGAAGCUACCAAAACUCUUAAUCGUGGUAUUUCCGAGUUUAUUGUAAUGGCUGCUGAUACGGAGCCUCUUGAGAUUCUUCUUCAUCUCCCCCUUCUUUGUGAAGACAAGAACGUGCCCUAUGUAUUUGUUCCUUCAAAGACUGCUCUGGGUCGUGCAUGUGGUGUUUCUCGUCCUGUUGUUGCUGCUUCAGUCACCACCAAUGAUGGUUCCGAACUUCUGGUUCAGAUUCAGGCCAUCAAGAAUGAAAUUGAAAAACUCUUGAUUUAA